UAGAUUUAGCUUGGGUCUCGCCUCCGGGGCGGAGGGAGCGCGGCCUCGUGGGCGCCACUCUUUUCCGCUGCGCGUCGCGCGCGACUUGAUGACGACACUGGGCCCGCCCCCGACCCGGGCUGUGCUUUGGUGUUCUUAAGUCGUGCCGCGUGCGCAACGGUAGUGACGCGUUUUACCCGGAGCAUGGCGGAUACCGGCUUGCGCCGCGUGGUUCCCAGCGACCUUUAUCCCCUUGUGCUCAGAUUUCUGCGGGAUAGCCAACUCUCGGAGGUGGCCAGUAAAUUUGCAAAAGCGACCGGCGCUACACAGCAGGACGCCAAUGCCUCAUCCCUCUUGGACAUCUAUAGCUUCUGGCUCAACAGGUCCACCAAAGCCCCAAAGGUGAAGUUACAGUCAAAUGGACCAGUGACCAAGAAGGCUAAGAAAGAGACUUCAUCCAGUGACAGCAGUGAGGACAGCAGCGAGGACGAGGACAAAGCCCAGGGACUUCCCACACAGAAGGCUGCGGCACCUGUCAAGCGAGCAAGUGUGCCUCAGCAUGCUGGGAAGGCAGCAGCCAAAGCUUCAGAGAGCAGCAGUAGUGAAGAAUCCAGUGAGGAAGAGGAAGAGGACAAAAAGAAAAAGCCUGUCCAGCAGAAGGCAGCUAAGCCACAAGCCAAAGCAGUCACACCUCCUGCGAAGAAGGCAGAGAGCUCUGAUUCGGAGUCGGACUCGGACUCCAGCUCAGAGGAAGAAACACCACAGACCCAGAAGCCAAAGGCAGCUGCGGCAGCUAAAGCUCAGACUAAAGCUGUAGCCAAACCAGGUAUACCAGCGAAAGCACAGCCUAAGGUAGCCAAUGGUAAAGCAGCCGCCAAUGGUAAAGCAGCCGCCAGCAGCAGCAGCAGUAGUAGUAGCAGCAGCAGCGAUGACUCAGAGGAAGAGAAGAAGGCAGCUGCACCUCCCAAGAAGACUGCACCAAAAAAGCCAGUCGUGGCCAAGGCACCAGUGAAAGUAGCAGCCACCCCUACCCAGAAGAGUUCUAGCAGUGAGGAGUCUUCCAGCGAGGAGGAGGAGGAGCAGAAAAAACCCAUAAAGAAAAAAGCAGGUCCCUACAGUUCAGUUCCACCACCCUCUGUUCCUUUACCAAAGAAGUCCCCGGGAGCCCAAACUCCCAAGAAAGCUGCUGCGCAGACUCAGCCUGCAGACAGCAGUGACGACAGCAGUGACGAUUCUGAUUCAAGUUCUGAGGAAGAGAAAAAACCUCCAGCUAAGACGGUCGUCUCUAAGACACCUGCCAAAGCAGCUCCAGUGAAGAAGAAAGCAGAAAGCUCUUCAGACAGCUCGGAUUCUGACAGUUCUGAGGAUGAAGCUCCUGCCAAGCCAGUCAGUACAACCAAGAGUCCCUUAAGUAAGCCAGCUGUCAUUCCCAAGCCAUCUGCAGCAAAGGCAGUGACAACUCCUAAGCAACCUGCAGGCAAUAGCCAGAAACCUCAGAGCAGGAAGGCUGACAGCACCUCCAGUGAGGAGGAAAGCAGCUCCAGUGAGGAGGAGGAGGAGGCCACCAAGAAAAGUGCCACAACCCCCAAGGCCAAGGUGACCGCUAAAGCAGCACCCACUAAAGCAGCACCCGGCAAACAGGCCCCUCAGGCUGCUGGGGACAGCAGCUCUGACUCAGAGAGUUCCAGCAGUGAAGAGGAGAAGACUGCUAAGCCCCCAGCUAAGAAGAAGGCAGCAGGUGGAGCCGUUUCUACACCAGCCCCUGGGAAGAAAGCAGAGGCUGAGAGCAGCAGCAGCAGCAGCAGCUCCAGCUCCAGUGAAGAUUCCAGUGAAGAAGAGAAAAAGAAGCCCAAAGCUACUACCCCUAAAAUACAGGCAAGCAAGGCCAAUGGCACUCCAGCUUCUCUGAAUGGAAAAGCAGCCAAGGAAAGUGAGGAGGAGGAAACAGGAGAGAAGAAAAAGGCAGCUGGGACCAAGCCAGGUUCAGGCAAAAAACGGAAGCAGAAUGAGAGCGCAGAUGAAGCAACAACUCCUCAAGCUAAGAAAGCUAAGCUCCAGACCCCCAAUACGUUUCCAAAAAGGAAGAAGGGAGAAAGAAGGGCGUCUUCCCCUUUCCGAAGGGUGAGGGAGGAGGAGAUUGAGGUGGACUCUCGAGUGGCAGACAAUUCCUUUGAUGCCAAGCGAGGUGCAGCUGGAGACUGGGGGGAGCGAGCCAAUCAGGUUCUGAAGUUCACCAAAGGCAAGUCCUUCCGGCAUGAAAAAACGAAGAAGAAGCGAGGCAGCUACCGGGGAGGCUCCAUCUCUGUCCAGGUCAAUUCCGUCAAAUUCGACAGCGAGUGACAUGUGGUCAUCUUUGGCAAAGGAAGGGUGAUGUUGGGAGACUGGCACUCAACUCCAGUGGGCCCAGAAACUCCGUGUUAGGAGACAGUUGUGACAAGGACAGUGUGGAGCAGGUCCUGAGGUGUGUCAGCCUGCAGUCCUCUCAGGCUCCUUUUUCUGGACAGUAUGGGUUUUGAGCCCUGAAUAUCAAGGACAAAAAGGAUUUUUUUAAAAAGAAACCCAUUCAGUUGUCAAUUGCCUUCCUGUUCUGUGGGUCUUCAUACUGAAAGAUUUGUAUAUUUUAUAUUAAAUCAUGUCAUACAGA